ACCCGACGAAUAUACGACCAAACCAUUCGAUAAUAUCUCCGUGAAGGCAAAUCUUGAGAUAGGACCUCUAUUGUAUUGUAUAAUUUUCCUCGCCGGAAGAGACGAACCAAACGAAUUAGCACCAUGACAUCCACCAACAGCUCAGACCCGUCCAGCGUCAUAGCCAACGGCACCGCCCAGCUCGUCCCAAACGUAUUCUCGCAGCUGCGGCUCGGCCGAACGUCGGCUAUCUCGAAUGCAGCGCAGUUCCUCCUCGUGGCGGCGAUGGUGUCGUCGAUACUCCGGGUGCUAUCGCGGCGGAGGGCAAAAGCUCAGUUCAAGCUGGACGAUGUGUGUGCUGUUGUCGCGGCCGUGCUCCUGCUCGCGAACACCGUCAUCUGUGUCGAGUUCCACUAUCUGGGCAUGGCCAGCUUCUCGUUCAAUGGGGCGUCCACGCCAGAGAGAGAGGCAGAGAGGCAGACGAAGGUCGUCGAGGCGUUCAAGUUGAGCUUUGCGUUUGAAGUGUUGUAUCUUCUCAGCAUAUUCCUGGUGAAAUUCAGCAUGCUCUUCCUCUACUCGCGCUUCGCACACCAAACGAAAGGCAUCCUCCUGUACCUGCGGAUCACGCAGGGGAUCUGUGCGGCUACGUUUAUCGUCUGCAUCCUCUCGCUCUUCCUCAGCUGCAACCCGAUAAGCAACUACUGGAGCGUCACGCCGUCCUCGUACCACUGCAUGCACCGCACACUCCUCACCUACGCCUCAGGGAUCAGCAAUAUCGUAACCAACACGCUCGUACUCCUCGUGCCUAUCCCGCUACUACUACGGAUCACACUCACGCGCUCCCAGAAGAUCGGACUAUCGAUCCUAUACUUCUUCGGCGCGUCGGUGAUCCUCACCUCGGCGCUGCGGUUCGUCACGCAGCUGCUAAACGUGAGCAAUCAGCAGGCGAUGGGAUGGUCGCAGAUGGAGGUUUCUCUGGCACUGCUGCUGGCUAGCGCGCCGAUGGCUAUCAAGUUGCUUUUCCUCCCGUUGCUUGACGUCGACACAGAACGUGAGGAGAUACUGAACGCUAGGAGGGGCGCGCCCUCCGCUGAUCUGGAUACGCCCACGUUCAUGAAGAAGCUGAUGGGGGAGCGCGACGCGUUGGAGGGCGGGAGGAGUCCGUGGCUGGUCAGGCCUAUGUCCCCCGCAAUACUGGUCUAAAGGGAGAGGAAAAGCUUAUGAUUGAUAUGUCAUGAUGGAGGUGUGGUAAUUCGGGGAGG